UAUUAGUAAUAAUAUUGAUAUAAUCUCAACAUGCAACUAGGAAGAGACUCAUUAACAUACUAUCGGUCAUCUAGGAACUCUAAAAACGCCCCAAAACCCCUUUAUAAAACCACAGAUAGGUCUGAAGCUGAACAUUUGACUGCUAGUCAUAGGAUAAGUAGAAAUACAGGAAGGUUUAGAAAUAAGAAAACUCUUAAUGAAUACAUUGAGAAUAAAGUUCGAGAAAACGACAUAGACUACAGAAAGAAUAAAUAAGCAAAAAUUAUCCUUCACAUUAGCAGGGAAAUCGAUAUCAAAAUAAAAGCUUUAUCUCUCAGUCAAAGAACCUUGACCUCGAAAUCUCCUCAAACGAAUCUGAGAAGAAAGAUAUGGAGUACUUUUUAGGCCUUAAAGAAGCCUACCUAGGAAAUCUACAUUCAAAAAGAAAUGCAUCCUCACUCGCCAGCUAUGAUUCAGCUAAGCCUAAAAAUGCUAGAUGUUGUAAGAGUCAUUCAAGAAAGUUCCAAGUCAUACAGAAUCAAAUAUUAAAAUAAGAAUCGUAUUAGGCGAAAUUUCUCCAAGAUGAAUAAGCCCAGAGCCUCAGAAAUUUAUGAAAAAAUUAAGAAUAAUGCUGUAAAAUUGUAUAAAGAUGAAACAACUCAUGAAAGAAACAGAAACCGUAUUUUGUCUCCUACCGUUCCAAUACAAAGAGAUUAUCUUUCCAGCAACCAAGCCUCAGUCCGAGUUUUGGAUCCGAUUAUUGAACCUACGUAUACAUUAUCAAAACUAGAAAGCCAUGAAGAAUCAAUUUUGAUCGACAAUAAUUCAAGAGAAAGUGCUCUUCAGUCCUCGUUUCACUCUAAAACUAAAUCCACUUCUAAAGAGCUUCAAAGAAAGUACAAAUAACAUAAAUUCAAAAUACACAGACAUAAAACAAAAAUACAAAAAGUCAUGGACCGAUAACCUAAACCCCACUAACACCAACCAGCUCAAACUAAUAACCUUAAAAUAACCUAGUAAAAAUCUCAAAAAACCAGCACAGCCAAAACCCCUCCACCGCCCAACCCAAUCUCCAAAAAUCACCUAGCCUUAACCCCUCAAAAAUCCCCACUGAAAUCCCUCCAAGUUCGCCUAGACUAUCCCAACUUCCUGAACUAAACCUCAUGAUUCCUCCAAAGAAGUCUAAGUCAGUACAGAAGCGUACCAACCCUUCUAACUCAAAGAUAAGCGUAAACACUACUCUGCAGUGUUCAACCUGCUCUGGAACACAGAAUCAGAUCCCUUCCUGUGCCACAAACGGAAGGCUCACCUUAACAAAUAACUAAACUUGUCCUUAAAAAGUAGCAUAGGCUAUUUUGACACUGCACAGGUGCUUUUACGUAGGCAGAUUAGGGCUUAAAAGUAGAAGCGGAGGAAUAGUGGGCUGUGAAGGAAACGUAUGGACAAGGAGGAGUGAGAAGGUAUUACUC